AGCACCUGCCCGCCGAGAGGGUCGAGCAGUGGACACCGUACGGCGCCCGCUUGUGGGGAGAAGUGGGCUAGGGACCAGUUCAUUGGUCGUGUUGUCCCUUACUUUCCCUGUUUCAAAUGGCGUACACUCAAGUUACGCGAGCCAGGGGUACUCCGUACGGAAGGUUCGCCCCUCGGUCGUCCCUUGCCUUCGGUCUGUUUCUGUUUAGGUCCCUCAGCUCUCGAGAUUGCGCUAACUUGACAACCUGUGCAUCUGGUCAGGGCCGUGCUCGUUUCUCAGCAAACCAAGCAAGAGGCAGCGUUCCAGUUUCUGCUCCAGCCUCAGUGGCAGGGCUGCUCAGGUUCAGCUUACGCGACAUAUGCCGUAACUUUAACAGUUCCGCCGGCCAGCCACUGACCGGGUCGCUAAUGGCAAUACCGUCAACAAAAACAUCAAUAUUCUAAACCAAUGGGGCUAGGGAAGGCUACGAACAACCCUUGGGGCAAGCGGCCUCCCACGCGGAAUUCGGCAAGCACCGAACAAUCAACACGCCCAUCAAGUUAGAACGGAGACCCACUAGCACUCGCCUUUAGUGGCAACGUGGAAGCUGUAUGCUCGAGGUGAUCUGAGAUUGCCGACCUAGGAGGCCGUUGAGGAUGGCCGAGUCAAA